UUCUAUUACACAGAGGGAGGGUUAGGCUGAGUCUGCACAGAGAAUGAGGGGAAUAGGGCAUUUAUAAUAGAGAACGGUGUGCUGAGGAAGUGUAAACUGCUGUUAACUGGGUGCAGAGCUGGGCACUGUCAAGGAGGGGAGGACUGAGGAUACCUGGGUGCCAGCUGGUGAAGAGAACUAGGAAAUAAAGUGUAAAACAGAGACGGGGAGAAGAGGAAGGUUUGGAAUAGAUAAGCCCCAGAGAAAGAGACACAGAGAGACAAACACACAGGACUGCGUUGCAAGAGCCAGGAGAUCUCUCUCAGGAGUUUCUGUCUGUGGCAGUAAAUGGCUGUUUUGCCCCCUGGGAUUCGUCUGCUCGUGUCAUUUUCAAGAGAUCAGUGGUUCCGGGCUCUGGUUCUGGUUCUCACCUUCCUGCUUUACUGCAGCUUCCACUUGUCCAGGAAGCCCAUCAGCAUUGUCAAGGGGGAGCUGCACAGACACUGCUCGGAGCCUCAUGAAGUUGAACUUCACAGUUACAAAGAGUUUGUUAUCCUAAAGCAGCCAUUACAGUCGGUGCAGAAUGCAUCACGCUGUGGAUGGGCACCAUUUGAUAAAAAGAACUAUAAGCAACUGCUCGGAACCCUGGAUUACUCCUUCCUAUGUGCAUAUGCUGUGGGCAUGUACCUCAGCGGGAUGAUAGGGGAACGCCUCCCCCUGCGGUAUUUCCUCUCUUGCGGGAUGAUUGCCAGUGGGGUCUUUACAGCUCUCUUUGGCUUUGGAUAUUUCUACAACAUUCACAACUUGUCAUAUUACAUCAUUAUACAGAUAUUAAACGGUUUAGUUCAGACGACAGGCUGGCCCUGUGUGGUGACCUGCAUUGGCAAUUGGUUUGGGAAAGGAAGAAGAGGUCUUAUUAUGGGGGUCUGGAACUCUCACACAUCGGUGGGAAACAUCUUGGGAUCUCUCAUUGCUGGAUAUUGGGUGUCCUCAUGUUGGGGCAUGUCCUUCCUGGUUCCUGGACUCAUUAUGUGCAUCAUGGGAAUCCUGUGCUUCCUAUUCCUUAUAGAGCAUCCCAGGGAUGUUAAGGCUGCUCCACCAUCUCCUGAAGUUUCCUGCAAGACACAAUGUAACGGAGUUAAGGCCCAGAAUCAAGUCCUGAGGAUCAGUGAAUCAUCACCACAGAAGAGCUGGGAGGUGCAGAGCCUGCUGGAAUCUGCCCCUGUGUUCCCCACACACCAUGUUGUUGUUCUACAGAGGGUCCCUAACACUGGGGUCAGUGGAUCUUCAGCAAUCAGCUUUUUUGGAGCCCUUCAAAUCCCGGGGGUAGUUGAGUUCUCACUCUGUUUGCUAUUUGCAAAACUUGUUAGUUAUACAUUUCUCUUCUGGUUGCCCCUAUACAUCACAAGUGUAGGUCACAUGGACGUUCGGCGAGCUGGGGAUUUGUCUACACUUUUUGAUGUUGGGGGAAUUUUUGGUGGAAUUUUGGCUGGAGUGAUCUCUGAUAAAUUUCAUAAACGUGCAACAACCUGUGGACUCAUGCUACUCUGUGCAGCUCCGACACUUUAUGUCUUUUCCGCUGUCAGUAAGGCAGGGCCAGCAGUCACAGUAUGUAUGCUGCUGGUGUGUGGAGCCCUUGUAAAUGGGCCGUACUCCCUGAUUACUACGGCCGUAUCUGCUGACCUAGGUACACACAAGUCGCUGAAAGGGAACUCUCAUGCACUGUCUACAGUCACAGCCAUUAUAGAUGGCACGGGAUCUGUGGGUGCUGCUCUGGGUCCCCUUCUUGCUGGUCUCCUCUCCCCAUACGGCUGGGAUAAUGUCUUUGUGAUGCUGAUGAUUAGCGAUGGCUGCGCGCUGCUGUUUCUAAUCCGUCUUAUAAAGAAAGAACUGAGCUGUCGGCAACAGAGAACAGAGGAACAAACUGAGUGGAAGGAGCACUAAAGGAAAAUGUAUUUCUCUCAUAUUCUGGUUUUGCUGAAGGAAAUAAUCACUGAGCACUUUGUGUGUGUUAAAUUAAGUGUCUGUGCAUAAGUACAUGUCAUGUUAUAUGUGUGAGUGUGUCGUGUGUGUCUGUGCAUAAGUAUAUGUCAUGUUAUAUGUGUUUUGUGAGUGUGUUUUGUGCAUAAGUAUAUGUCGUGUUAUGUGUUUUGUGAGUGUGUUGUGUGCAUAAGUAUAUGUCAUGUUAUGUGUUUUGUGAGUGUGUCUGUGCAUAAGUAUAUGUCAUGUUUUAUGUGUGAGUGUGGCGUUUGUGUGUGUCUGUGCAUAAGUAUAUGUCAUGUUAUAUGUGUGAGUGUGUCGUGUGUGUCUGUGCAUAAGUAUAUGUCAUGUUAUAUGUGUGAGUGUGUCGUGUGUGUGUGUCUGUGCAUAAGUAUAUGUCAUGUUAUAUGUGUGAGUGUGUCGUGUGUGUCUGUGCAUAAGUAUAUGUAAUGUUAUAUGUGUGAGUGUGGCGUGUGUGUGUGUCUGUGCAUAAGUAUAUGUCAUGUUAUAUGUGUGAGUGUGUCGUGUGUGUCUGUGCAUAAGUAUAUGUCAUGUUAUAUGUGUGAGUGUGUCGUGUGUGUCUGUGCAUAAGUAUAUGUCAUGUUAUAUGUGUGAGUGUGUCGUGUGUGUCUGUGCAUAUGUACAGGUCACAGUAUAUGUGUGAGUGUGUUGUGUGCAUAAGUAUAUGUAAUGUUAUAUGUGUGAGUGUGGCGUGUGUGUGUGUCUGUGCAUAAGUAUAUGUCAUGUUAUAUGUGUGAGUGUGUCUGUGCAUAAGUAUAUGUCAUGUUAUAUGUGUGAGUGUGUCGUGUGUGUCUGUGCAUAUGUACAGGUCACAGUAUAUGUGUGAGUGUGUUGUGUGCAUAAGUAUAUGUAAUGUUAUAUGUGUGAGUGUGGCAUGUGUGUGUCUGUGCAUAUGUACAGGUCACGGUAUAUGUGUGUGUGUCUGUGCAUAAGUACAUGUCAUGUUAUGUGUGUUGUGUGCAUAAGUAUAUGUCAUGUUAUAUGUGUGAGUGUGGCGUGUGUGUGUGUCUGUGCAAAUGUACAGGUUACGGUAUAUGUGUGAGUGUGUCUGUGCAUAUGUACAGGUCAUGGUAUAUGUGUGAGUGUGUCGUGUGUGUCUGUGCAUAAGUACAGGUCAUGUUAUAUGUGUGAGUGUGGCGUGUGUGUGCAUAUGUACAGGUCAUGGUAUAUGUGUGAGUGUGGCGUGUGUGUGUCUGUGCAAAUGUACAGGUCAUGGUAUAUGUGUGAGUGUGUCGUGUGCGUCUGUGCAUAAGUACAGGUCAUGUUAUAUGUGUGUGAGUGUGUCAUGUUAUCUGUGUGUGAGUGUUGUGUGCAUGCGUCUCUCUUGCGCUCUCUAUAUACUGUAUAAAAAACACAGACGGGUCACUUUUGUUUAUAGAAUUAUUUAUUUAAUAUUUUUGAAUCUUUUUAAAUGAAUUCCGUGUCAGAGCAGUGCGCCAGUCUGUGUGUUAAUCCCUUUGCAUGUGCCGUGUUGGGCACAUAUUCGUGCCAGUGUGUAGCUGCCUCUUGCAGCAUAAGAGGUGGUUAACGGACUGUACAGUGAUACAAAUAUUAGUGUUUACUCCCUGCUAUAUGUGUGUGAUGUUUACGUGUGUGUGAGUGUAGUCCUGGGUAUAUGCUUGUGUGUACAUAUGUAUGUAUACAUAUUUACACAUGUAUAAAGGUGAGUGUAGUCAUCAGUGUAUAUAAGUACACAAGUGUAGUCAUGUGUACAUGUGUAUAAGUACAUAGAGACAUGUGUGAGUGUAGUUAUGUGUAAAUGUGUACAUGUAUAUGACAUGAGUGUAUAUGUGUGCAUGCGUACAUAUAGACAUGUGAGUGAAGCCAUGUGUAAAUCCGUACGUUUGUAUGUUUUCAUAUAGACAUGUGUGAGUGUCGUCAUCAGUGUAUAUAAGUACAUAAGUGUAGUCAUCGGUAAAUGUGUGUGUGUAAGUACAUAGAGACGUGUGAGUGUAGUUAUGGUAUUGGGUAUAUGUAUGCUAGUAUGACAUGAGUGUAUAUGUGUGUGUAAGUACAUAGAGACGUGUGAGUGUAAUCAUGGGUAUAUGUAUGCGAGUAUGACAUGAGUGUAUAUGUGUGUGUAAGUACAUAGAGACGUGUGAGUGUAAUCAUGGGUAUAUGUAUGCGAGUAUGACAUGAGUGUACAUGUGUGUGUAAGUACAUAGACGUGUGAGUGUAGUCA